GUAGUCCAACCAAUCCCCAUGUAACCCACAAUUAGUAAAGGACUUUUAUUUUUGCGGGCCCACUUCCUGUGUUGCCCGAACGCUGCUAACUUAUUUAAAGCCACGCCUCCAGUGCGCAGUAAAAGAUCCUCACCUGUUCCACUGUGAUUGUGGCUUGCUGUUGGCGUCUUCCUCAGGAAUUCCUCAAAAAAUCUUUGAACAUAUUGAUUUGAUUGCUGGAAUCACUGGCAUUGUUUACCUGGACCGUCACCAGGAUUCUGUUAGUGCUGAUUGUGGCUCAGUACGCCCCACUCUCUUCAAAAAGGUCGGGUUUUUUUUUUCCACCUGUCGGAUCAGAUCCUCGUCUGGAUCGAAAGAUGGCGAGCUAGAAAUGGACUAUGGACUUUAUGAUUUGGAAAAUCAAUUUAUUCUGAGUCAAUUCUCAUGUGUCCCAUUGUGUUAUUGUAAUUGUAUGUUUUUUUUUUCAAAUCACUUAAUAUAUAUAUUCACCAAAACUUAAAGCACUGCCUCCUGUGUUUUUUCACACCUCAGGCUCCUUAAAAGGCCACUCUUCCGAUGCUGCUUAUGUAGCUGCAGUUAGCUGCCUAGCCCAUAACUGUUACAUUACUUUGGCGAGCUAGCCAGGAGCCUGAUACUGUGAAUGUUUUGGUGAAUGUGUUUUGUGGUUUGGUAUUGAAAUAUGGAUUUCUUUGACCAAGUUGGUAUCAAUGUUGCUAAUUCUGUCAUCAUUAGUGGUGUAACGAACACUCAAGCAGAUGAUGAGAUUGUCAAUCUUUUACGUAGUUAUGGUGGAAUUAAGGUUUUUUCUGUUACUGCAUGUGAGAGUCCAUUUUAUAAAAACCUGGCCGUUGAAUUCAUUAAUUCUGCAGAUUUGGAAAAGCUAAAAUCGCUUUUACCAUAUGUUUAUCCAUCUCAGGUUGUAGAAGAUGUUAUAUUUGUUGUUAAAUUGCUUUCAAGAGAGUGCCCUGCCACAGUCACAGUGGACACGACCUUACCUCCCGAUUAUCUCCAUGAACUGAAACGUAUUUCCCAGCAGAGUGGACAAUCAUUUGAUGACGUUUUGAGAGGAGUUUUUGAACAAAUAAGUGCUCAUUUAGGAAUAGCGGCUACCGGAGGGGAGCCUGAUGGGGAUGAUGAAGGGGAUGGUGAUGAGGAGGAUAUUGUUGAAAUACUUACCAUUGAAAGAGAGUCCAGUCAGACUCAGCCAUCUACUCUUCCCGCAAACCAAUCAGAUCAGUCCACCACCUACCAGCAGGGACCACAAACUCAGCCUAAUCCAACUACAAAUGUGGGGCCGAGAAUUUUCCUCUCGGGGAAUGAUCUGAAUCCUUCUGGGGUUCAAAGGGUUGUUGUCGAACACAUUGUGCGCAGAGAUGAUGUAAAUCUUCAACCUCUGUCUUCAUUUAGACUACGCACCUUUUCAGGAAGACUUCCAAAACCUCAGCAUGAGGCAGAUUAUGAAUCCUGGAGGUCUCAAAUAGAACUCUUAAAUGCAGAUCCAAGUCUUGCACCUUUACAUGUUACAAGGCGCAUUUUGGAAGGUUUACUCCCUCCAGCUGCUGACCUAGUGAAGGGUUUGGGGCCUGGUGCCCUGCCUGCAACAUUUUUGCAGGUACUUGAUUCUGCAUAUGCCACUGUUGAGGAUGGAGAAGAAUUGUUUGCAAAAUUUUUAAACACGCUUCAGGACCAUGGGGAACGACCAUCUUCUUAUCUGCAGAGACUCCAGUUGGCUCUCAGUACAGUGGUGAAGCGUGGUGGGAUUCCAGCCACUGAAAUUGACAAAUAUUUGUUAAAACAAUUUUGUAGAGGUUGCUGGGAUAACAGCAUGAUUAACAAACUUCAACUAGAAAAGAAAAAAGACCAACCACCUCCUUUCUCAGAGCUUUUAUUAACACUCAGAACAGAAGAAGACAGACAGUUGGCAAAAGAGAUGUUAAUGAAAAAACAUAUUCCAUCAGUCAAGCAUCGUGUCAGUGCACAAGCUCACACUACCAGUUCAUGUUCAUGUAGCCAUCUAUCAGACUCAGGUGCUAUCGAAGACUUAAGGAAGCAAAUGUUAAAGCUGCAGAGUCAAAUGUCAGCCCUGCUGUCUAAGGACUCUAAUUCUGCUAAACCAGAAAAUCAGAUGAAAAAACAGAAACCAAAAUCUGGCCAGACCAGUAAUAGGCCAAAGCCCUGGUUCUGUUUCAAGUGUGGACAGGAUGGUCACAUUGCUCCCAACUGUUCCAGUCAGCCAAAUUCCAGCUUAGUUGAAGAAAAACGCCACCAGCUCAAACACAAACAGCAGUCCUGGGACAAAAGUAAGCCAUUAAACUAGAAGCAGUUCUUACUGAGGGACAAGUGGGAGCUGCAACCAGUGAAUGUCCCCACACUAAAGACUCAUUUUCAUAUUUUUCAUUACCUAAAGGAUUAGUGGGCACAAGGAGUACUGGUGAGGUGAAGAUUAAAGGGAUCAAUUUUCAUUGCCUCUUGGAAACAGGUUCCCAAGUCACCACAAUUUGACAUUCCUUCUAUAACACCCAUCUAUCAGAUCACAAAAUAAACCCAAUAAAUGAUCUUUUGGAGAUAGAAGGUGCAAAUGGUCAGAGGGUGCCUUAUAUCGGAUAUGUGGAACUCUGUUUGACAUUUCCCCCUGAGUUCACAGGAGAAGAGAUGGACAUAAACACCUUGGCCUUGGUUGUUCCAGAACUGCGAUCAUCACAACCCCCUGUUCUGAUUGGCACCAACACUUUGGAUGUUGUGUAUAACCAGUGCUGUCAGUCACAGUCUGAGUUCCAUCCUGUGCCUUUUGGAUAUAGAGCAGUGCACAAAAUUUUGGAGAUAAGGCAUAAACUAACAACUGAUGACUAUCAUGGCAUUCUAAAAAUGCAGUCAUCCAUCCCACAGGUUGUUCCUGCACAGAAGACUGCUGUGCUGGAUGCUCUUCUUAUUUGCCCAUUACUGCAAGGUGAAAAAGAAGUAGUUAUUCAGCAUCCAACCUCUUUCUCUCUACCUGGUGGUUUGAUAGUAAAAUCUAGUCUUUUUGAUUUACCUCCUGUACAGCCUGCUUCUCUGCCAGUGGUGAUCACUAAUGAAUCUGACCAUGAUAUUGUGAUUCCAGCCAGAGCAGCCAUCGCUGAAGUCAGUACCAUCCAAACCAUUCUUCACAAAGAGCAGAGUGUGCAUCAACCUUCCCAUAGUUCUGAGCCAAAUCCAACCAAAUUGAACUACAACUUUGGAGAUUCGCCGCUCUCAACUGAAUGGAAGCAACGUAUAACAACCAUGCUCGACAGUAUGUCAGAU